GGGCGUGUGUUGCUCUGUUGGGUGGCACGCGCUGCUCUGCUGGGGAGCGCUCUGCUCUGCAGGGUGGCGCGCUGCUGUGCAGGGGCGCGCGCUGCUCUGCUAGGUGGCACGCGAUGCUGUGUAGGGGCGCGAGCUGCUCUGCAGGGGCGCGAGCUGCUCUGCUGGGUGGGGCAUGCUGCUCUGCUUGGUGGCACGCUGCUCUGCAGGGGCGUGCGCUGCUUUGCAGGGGUGCGGGCUGCUCUGUUGGGUGGCGCGGGCUGCACUACUGGGUGGCGCGCGGUGCUCUGUUGGGGCGCGCGCUGCUCUGCAGGGUGGCGCGCGCUGCUCUGCUAGGUGGCGCAACCUGCUCUGCUCGGGCGUGCGCUGCUCAGCAGGGUGGUGUGCACUGUUCUGCUGGGGCGCACGCUGCUCUGCAGGGGCGUGUGCUACUCUACAGGGGCGCUCUCUGCGUUGGGUGGCACGCGCUGCUUUGCUAG